AGUAGCAUCCUCCACCCAGCCACCCCUCCCACUUCCCCACCGCGGGGCAGCUGCAGCUGAGGGCUGCAGCGGCGGCGGCUGCUGGGGAACGGCGGAGACCGCCUCUGCUCCCGCCUCGGGUUGCUGCUUUUUCUAAGAGAGCACCCAUGACUCUGAUGGUGUUUCCAGUUUUGAUAAAGAGUUCUAUUGCAGUCAUUGAUUAACUGAACAAUUCAGUUGAUAAUUAUAGUGACCUGGUUUCAAGCAGUAAUAUCUUCCAUUGGAAAUAUGUGAUUUCAUCAUCUUCUUACGUUCUAGGGGAAAAAAGCAUGUAGAGUCCAUGAAGCACAGGAAAAUAAAACUUCCUACUCAUACCACCAGGAGGAUCUCUUGAAAGAGUCACCAUAGGACUACAGGAGAGACUAAUUUGUCUGAAGCAUCAUGUGUUGAAGCAACAGAAGCCUACAACCUUUGCACUGGUUAGAAACGGAGUGAUGAUGUUUUUAAUUCUUUGAGCUCCAGGACCCCAGGAGAGUGAGUUGAAACUCUGAAAAUGCGGCCAUGGACUGGUUCCUGGCGUUGGAUCAUGCUCAUUCUUUUUGCCUGGGGGACCUUGCUGUUUUAUAUAGGUGGUCACUUGGUACGAGAUAAUGACCACCCUGAUCAUUCUAGCCGAGAACUGUCCAAGAUUUUGGCAAAGCUUGAACGCUUAAAACAGCAAAAUGAAGACUUGAGGCGAAUGGCUGAAUCUCUCCGAAUACCAGAAGGCCCUAUUGAUCAGGGACCAGCUUCAGGAAGGAUUCGUGCUUUAGAAGAGCAGCUUGUGAAGGCCAAAGAACAGAUUGAAAAUUAUAAGAAACAAACUAGAAAUGGUUUGGGGAAGGAUCAUGAAAUCCUAAGGAGGAGGAUUGAAAAUGGAGCUAAAGAACUUUGGUUUUUUUUACAAAGCGAGUUGAAGAAAUUAAAGAAUUUAGAAGGAAAUGAACUCCAAAGACAUGCUGAUGAAUUUCUGUCAGAUUUGGGACAUCAUGAAAGGUCUAUAAUGACGGAUUUAUACUACCUCAGUCAAACAGAUGGAGCAGGUGAUUGGCGGGAAAAAGAGGCCAAAGAUCUGACAGAGCUGGUGCAGCGGAGAAUAACGUAUCUUCAGAAUCCCAAGGACUGCAGCAAAGCCAAGAAGCUGGUGUGUAACAUCAACAAAGGCUGUGGCUAUGGCUGUCAACUCCAUCACGUGGUCUACUGCUUCAUGAUUGCAUAUGGCACCCAGCGAACACUCAUCUUGGAAUCUCACAAUUGGCGCUAUGCUACUGGAGGAUGGGAAACUGUGUUUAGACCUGUAAGUGAGACCUGCACAGACAGAUCUGGUGUCUCCACUGGACACUGGUCAGGUGAAGUAAAGGACAAAAAUGUACAGGUAGUCGAGCUCCCCAUUGUGGACAGUCUUCAUCCUCGUCCUCCGUAUUUACCCCUGGCUGUACCAGAAGACCUUGCAGACCGACUUGUACGAGUCCAUGGCGAUCCUGCAGUGUGGUGGGUGUCCCAGUUUGUCAAAUACUUGAUCCGCCCACAGCCUUGGCUAGAAAAGGAAAUAGAAGAGGCCACCAAGAAGCUAGGCUUCAAACAUCCAGUUAUUGGAGUCCACGUCAGACGCACAGACAAAGUGGGAACUGAAGCAGCCUUCCACCCCAUUGAGGAAUACAUGGUGCACGUUGAAGAACAUUUUCAGCUUCUUGCUCGCAGAAUGCAAGUGGAUAAAAAAAGAGUAUAUUUGGCCACAGAUGACCCUUCUUUAUUAAAGGAGGCAAAAACAAAGUACCCCAAUUAUGAAUUUAUUAGUGAUAACUCUAUCUCUUGGUCAGCUGGACUGCACAAUCGAUACACAGAAAAUUCACUUCGAGGUGUGAUCCUGGAUAUACACUUUCUCUCCCAGGCAGACUUCCUGGUGUGUACUUUUUCAUCCCAGGUCUGUCGAGUUGCUUAUGAGAUCAUGCAGACACUGCAUCCCGAUGCCUCUGCAAACUUCCAUUCUUUGGAUGACAUCUACUAUUUUGGAGGCCAGAAUGCCCACAACCAGAUUGCCAUUUAUCCUCACGAACCUCGAACUGCAGAUGAAAUCCCCAUGGAACCUGGAGAUAUCAUUGGUGUGGCUGGAAAUCAUUGGGAUGGCUAUUCUAAAGGUGUCAACAGAAAACUGGGAAGGACGGGCCUGUAUCCCUCCUACAAAGUUCGAGAGAAGAUAGAAACGGUCAAGUACCCCACAUACCCUGAGGCUGAGAAAUAAAGCUUAGAGGGACCAGAAAGACCACCAAACUCAGUUCAAACCAUUUGAGCCAAACAGUAGAUGAAGAAGGCCCCAACCUAACAGCCCAUGGUUAAAUUGAGUCAACAUCUUCAGCAUCAGGAGCAGCUGGGAUCUGACAGAUGCUUCAUUGGUGGAAUUGCUUUUUAACAAGGGCUACAGUGCCCUUAAACCCAUGCACAGUCCAAUAAUGUACUCACGUAUAACACGCAAACAGAUUGUUUUCUACGUUACCCCUUCUUUCAAGACUAUGUCCCCAUGAAACAAACACUGCCACAUUGUGUAAUUUAAGUGACACAGACAUUUUGUGUGAGACUUCAAACAUGGUGCCUAUACCUGAGAGACCUGUGUGACCAAAUGAGAUGACUUGAAUAGUUCCCUCUUGUGGGGAGCUUGAUUCUUAGCCAGUGGUGGUAUUGUAACCACUGAAUUCACUCCAGUCAACAGAUUCAGAAUGAGAAUGGAUGUUUUUGUCUGGAAUUUUUUUUUUUUUUAAGUAAUUGCACCGGUUCAUCCACCUCAUCAUUAAUAAGUGAAGGAUACAACAGAAAAUAAAAUAUUCACACUCCAUUAGGAACUUUUGUAAAACAAUGCCAUGAACAGAUUCUUUAGUACUCAAUGUUUCUGGACAUUCUCUUUGAUAACAAAAAAUAAAUUUUAAAAAGAGGAA